UAUUGUUCAUCUACAUCUAUCCCAAUGAGCCGUCUAUCGAAUCGUUGCAAUUGAUGUUCGAUCCCGAAGAGAAGGAAAAGAUCUUCAAAAAGUGGGCUUUUAUGAUCCAAUAAAGAAUCAAACUUAUUUCAAUGUUCCUGUUAUUCUAUAUUUCCUUGAGAAAGGUGCUCAACCUACAGAAACUGUUCAGAAUCUUUUAAAGAAAGCAGAAGUUUUUAAUGAACUUCCGUUUAAUCAAAUGAGAUUCAAUUAAAGAAAUACCGUGGGGGGGUAUCGAUUUGUAUAUUAUUUUGUAUAGUUUUUCUAUGCUUUUUUUUUGAGUUACUCCCCUUCCACUGUAUUCUUUUCUACUAUUUCUAUUGACAACAGUGUAGUGAACAAAUAUAAUUCAUCAUGAUAAGUGAACGGGGUCUAUUAAUUUUCGUACCCUAACUUUAUCAAUUUUUGAAUUAUGUAUAUUUUUUUUCCCUUAUCUGAGAAUUUCUUGCAUUUUCAUCUAAUCAAUUCAUUUUUAUGUUUCGAAUUCAUUUGAAAAUCCGUUUUUUUUUUUAGUGCAGCUGAAAUUUUCUUUAAUCUAUAUUUUCUUCGGGUUGCUAACUCAACGGUAGAGUACUCGGCUUUUAAGUGCGACUAGAAUCUUUUACACAUUUUGAUGAAGUUAAAAAUUCGUCCAUACCUUUGGUAUGCUUUAGAAGACCGCGACUGAUCCUGAAAGGGAAGAAAUAGAAAAAAUAGCAUGUCGUAUUAAUAGCGAGUUCUGAGUAUAUUUCAUUUUUUGGAUCGGUACAAAACCCUGUUCGAAUUCUUGGAGCGAAACAAAAUAAAGUUAGGUCGAAUGAAUAAAUGGAUAGGGCCCUAUGUCUUCAAUUUUGAAUUAAUUAAUUAUCAGAAAGAAAAAGCAACCAGCUUCGGUUCUUAAUUUGAAUAAUUUCCCGAUCUAAUUAGACGUUAAAAAUGGAUUAGUGCCUGGGACGGGAAGGGCUUCUCCCCUCACGAGUGGAUUCUAUAUUUUAAAAUGAAUCCUAACUAUUGGCAUUCUCUAUUAUGGAAUGGAGAUGUGUGUGUAAAAGAAACAGUAUAUUGAUAAUAAAAGUUUUUUCCGAAAUCAAAAGAGCGAUUAGGUUUAAAAAAUAAAAGAUUUCCAAACAUCUUCUUAUCCUAUAACAUAGACGAAUUAAAUGAAAUGAAUCAAAAAAGAGAGAGUGGAAAAUCUGUUGAUAAGUUUACCUGUCUGAGCUAUCUAUUCUUACUAGAAUAUAGAAUACCUUGUUUUGACUAUAUCGCACUAUGUAUUAUUUGAUAACUCAAAAAACCUUCUACCUUUGAUUCAAGUAGAAGUUCCAAUGGAGAAAAUCCAAAGAUAUUUACAGCUAGAGAGAUCUCAACCACAUGACUUCCUAUAUCCACUUAUCUUUCAGGAGUAUAUUUAUGGGUUUGCUCAUGAUCAUGGUUUGAGUAGAUCUAUUUUUUCAGAAAAUCGGGGUUAUGGGAAUAAAUCCAGUUUACUAAUUGUGAAACGGUUAAUUAUUCGAAUGUGUCAAUUUCUUAUUUAUCCUAAUGAUUCUAACAAAGAUCCUUUUUUGGCGCGCAACAAGAAUUUAUAUUCUCAAAUUCUAUCCGAGGGGUUUGCUUUGAUUGUGGAAAUUCCAUUUUCUCUACAAUUCAUAUCUUGUCUAGAAGGGAAAAAAAUAGUCAAAUUUCAGAAUUUAGGAUCACUUCAUUCGAUAUUUCCCUUUUUAGAAGACAAUUUUUCACAUUUAUAUCUUCUAUUAGAUAUACAAAUACCCCACUUUGUCCAUGUCGAAAUCUUGGUUCAAGCUCUUUGCUAUUGGUUAAAAGAUGCCUCUUCUUUGCAUUUAUUACGAUUCUUUCUCAACGAGUAUUGUAAUUGGAAUACUCUUCUUAGUAGUAGGCCAAAGAAAGCCGAUUCCUCUUUUUCAAAAAGAAAUCAAAGAUUCUUUUUAUUCUUAUAUAAUUCUCAUGUAUGGGAAUAUGAAUCCAUUUUCUUCUUUUACGUAACCAAUCUUCUCAUUUCCGAUCGACAUCUUCUGGAGUUUUUUUUGAACGAAUCUAUUUCUAUGGAAAAAUAGAACGUCUUAGGAACCUUUUAGUUAAGGUUAAGAAUUUUCAGGCGAACCUAUGGUUGGUCAAGGAACCUUGCAUGCAUUAUAUUAGGUAUCAAAGAAGAUUCAUCUUGGCUUCAAAAGGAACGUCAGUUUUAAUGAAU